UCGAUUUUAAGGAUUUGUUUUGGAAUUACAUUGAAAAUGGACACAAUUGAUCGAAACGAACUCGUCGAUAAACUAACGAUCGAAAUGCUUGACUUGAUCGAACAACAAGUCAAGUGUAAAAUGAACAUCAGCAACCUUAUCGCCCAGGGACAAAUUCAGAUUGCAAAGACCAGAUACACACAGGGCACGAGAACCGUAUCCACAUCUCAACUACCCACCGAAAAUAGUCAGGAAUUUAAAGCACUGCGAACGGUCGAUAGAGUUAACAACGAUGUGGGUGAUGUGCAGCUAAAUUUGAAUGUUGAAACUGUAAACAAAGACGACGGAUACGUUGAUCCGAUCAAAUGGUUCGGCAUUCUGGUUCCGCAAUCGUUGCAAUUGGCCAGGGAUGCGUUCCAAAAGUCUAUUGAAUAUUCCUGUGAAAGUGCGAACAUCCAGUCCAGUUUGUGGCGGACAAUGUCGAACAUUUUGUUACUAAAAAAGCAAAUUUCUUUGGAUUAAAAUUGUAAAUAUACGGAAAGGCU